CUCGAAGCCUACCUGGCAAACAAGCCAGGGGGACACGUGGUGGCGUCUAAUUGGUCGACGCAGCUCCCACGGCACCUUGCGGAGGGCGUGCUGGGCGCGUUUGAGUGGGUGGCCGUGGGGCUCGAGAGGGCUGCUGCAGCUGCAACAGCAGUGCAAACACGCACCAGGGUCUCUACCAGGCAGCAGCUGGCCUCGCUCCUCCUGUCACCGCGCCACCACAAGGUGGCUCCGCUCACCUCCCCCAGAAGGGCCUCCCCGCCGCUCCUCUCCCCCCGCAAGUCGUCCCCGCCGCCCGCCUCCCCACGCGCUGGCUCCCCCGGGGGCGGGCAGAUCGACCCGAAGCCGCUGCCCAUGGUGGUGCGCGUGGUGGCGCACGUGGAGGAGUAUGGCGACUGGGACACUCCUGCUCCGUUCAUCUCUCCACCCGACCCUGAUGCUCCAACAGCAUCGGUCCGAACCUACGGAGGAGCCUUGGCAAGCAUCUUCAGGGAGUUCGGAGGAGGGGCAAAUAUAGGAGGAGGAACGGGCGAGCAGGGUGUGACUAUAACAGGAGUGACUGAACGAAUACUGAGGGCGCUCAUGGGGGUAGUGGAAGGGAAGGCAGCUGCAUGUGAGGAUGACGUGAUGAGGGCACUGUUCAUGCUCAACAACACAUGCGUCAUCCAGCAAGCCUGCCAGCGCUUCCCAUCGAUCAGCCCUGUGUCAGCCGCAGUGGAGUCCCACUCACAGGCCUUCCUGCUCGCAGCUACCAGGAAGCUGCUGCAGGCGCUACCAUCUCCUGAGAAGAGCCUGAAGAUGGGCCAACGCCAGGUGGAGGAGAGGCUCUCAGAAUUCAACAAGGCAUUUGAGUCGCUCUCUCUGCAGCAGCUCUCCUGGCCAAUAGUGGACGACGAUUGCCGUGUGGCAAUGAGAAAGAGAUUUGCCGCUCACAUUGUAUCCAUCUACAGCGAUUUUGUCGACCCUCAUAU